CAAUUUUCAUAUCAUCCUCUGAAUAUUUCUUCUUUAUUAAUUUUUCAGUGUACAAACAAAUACAAGAAACUCUGCUUUCACAAAAUGUACAGAUUUUUGUUUCACUGUUUAACAAGAAGCUAAGAUAGUAGUCUCUUUUCCCCAGAACCAAGAAAAACCCAGUUCAUAUUUAUUCAAAGAACUGAGUUUUUUUUUUUUGAUUUUGUUGUUCUCAUUGUUGUUUAUUUUCAAAAGGGUGUGUACAAGAUUGAUAAAGUUUCAAUCUUUACACCUCAGAGGGUGUGUAGAUAUACACAUCUGUUUGGAUAAUGUGGAGGGGUCUGCAUUUCUUUUGGAAAACGGAAUCGAUCGGAGAAACGCCGUGUACGGCGGGGAUUUGAUGGUGUGUUUUGUUAAACGCAGCGUUUCAUGGAGUUGAAGAUUUGGUGUUGGAGUAGUGGUAGUAGUAGUAGUGGUGGUAUCAGUAGAAGUAAUACUUGUACUUUUCUCAGUGUUCAUUCUAAAUCCAGCUCUUCAACUAAGCUCAGAUUUGCUAUAUUGUUUUCCCAGGUCCUAUUUAUACUAUUGUGUUUAGAGACCAGUUUAGCAACUUUCUCGGAUCAUCAAUUAUUGAGACAAGACUUUGAGAAUGAAGACAAGAGUACCAUUUCACAUUCUUGUAUCCAUGAUCAGAUAAUUGAACAAAGGAAAAGACCUGGUUUGCAAGUGUAUUCCGUCACUCCUCAGGUGUAUGAGGAGUCUGUGGCUUCAGAUCCCCCUCACCGUAGAGGAAGGGCAUUACUUGAAAUUUCCAAAGAACAAAAUGAUGUCAUGCAACCGAUCCGAAUCUUUUUGAAUUAUGAUGCUGUCGGUCAUUCAUCUGAGAGAGAUUGUCAAAAAGUCGGCGACAUUGUGAAGCUUGGGGAGCCACCAGGUGCUUCUUUUUCUGGUACGUCUUCUUGUAAUCCACAUGGAGAUCCUCCAGUUUAUGGUGAUUGCUGGUAUAACUGUACCUUAGAUGAUAUAGCUGGGGAGGACAAAAGGCAUCGCCUUCGCAAGGCCCUCGAGCAGACAGCGGAUUGGUUUAAAAGAGCGUUAUCUGUUGAGCCAGUUAAGGGAAACCUGAGGUUAAGUGGAUAUUCUGCUUGUGGACAAGAUGGAGGUGUACAACUCCCAAGAAAAUAUGUUGAAGAGGGUGUUGCACAUGCGGAUUUGGUUCUUCUUGUGACUACAAGGCCAACAACCGGCAACACUCUUGCAUGGGCUGUAGCAUGUGAGCGUGAUCAAUGGGGUCGUGCUGUUGCUGGGCAUGUGAAUGUAGCUCCUCGGCAUUUAACUGCUGAAGCGGAAACCUUACUUCAAGCUACUUUGAUACAUGAAGUAAUGCACGUUCUUGGAUUUGAUCCUCAUGCCUUUGCUCAUUUUCGUGAUGAGAGAAAACGUAGGCGAAGUCAGGUUACUGAACUGGUAAUGGAUGAAAAACUUGGAAGAAUGGUUACUCGAGUAGUGCUUCCUCGAGUUAUCAUGCAUGCUCGCCAUCACUAUGGGGCAUUCUCUGAGAAUUUCACUGGACUUGAGCUGGAAGAUGGAGGCGGACGUGGUACAUCAGGUUCUCAUUGGGAGAAAAGGCUAUUGAUGAACGAGAUCAUGACUGGGUCAGUAGAUACAAGAUCAGUGGUUUCAAAAAUGACUCUUGCUUUACUUGAGGACAGUGGAUGGUACCGGGCUAAUUACAGCAUGGCUGACCGUCUUGAUUGGGGACGCAACCAAGGACCAGAUUUCGUUACCUUCCCCUGCAAUCACUGGAAGGGAGCCUAUCAUUGUAACACUACCCAGUUAUCUGGAUGUACAUUUAACAGGGAGGCUGAAGGUUAUUGUCCAAUAAUGAAUUAUAGUGGGGAUCUCCCUCAAUGGGCUCGUUAUUUUCCACAGGCUAACAAAGGUGGUCAGUCAUCAUUGGCAGAUUAUUGCACUUAUUUUGUUGCUUACUCUGAUGGAUCUUGUACGGACACGAAUGGUGCUCGAGCACCUGAUAGGAUGUUAGGUGAAGUGAGGGGAAGUAGUUCAAGGUGCAUGUCUUCUUCUCUAGUGCGUUCUGGAUUUGUACGUGGCUCAAUGGCCCAAGGCAAUGGUUGUUAUCAGCAUAGGUGCUCAAACAAUUCGUUAGAGGUAGCAGUAGAUGGCAUUUGGAGAGUUUGUCCAAAAGCUGGUGGUCCUAUCCAGUUUCCUGGCUUUAAUGGUGAGCUCGUCUGCCCAGCUUACCACGAACUAUGCGAUGUGAAUCCAGCUUUGUUGUCUAGUCAAUGUCCCAAUUCAUGCAAUUUCAACGGAGAUUGCUUAGGUGGAAAAUGUAGAUGCUUUAUUGGGUUUGGUGGUCAUGAUUGUAGCAAACGCUCAUGUCCUGGCAGUUGUGGUGGACAUGGAAAGUGUCUUGGGAAUGGUGUAUGUGAAUGUGAUAACGGGUAUACUGGCGUUGAUUGUUCCACAGAUACAUCAUUCAAAGGACGUUUCAAGGAUGAUUCUAACAUUUCCAUUGGUGACACAGCUGUUUGCGAUGAGCAGUGCAGUCUUCACGGUGGGGUCUGUGACAAUGGAGUCUGUGAGUUCCGUUGUUCUGACUAUGCUGGUUACACGUGCCAGAAUAGCUCCACGCUUCUUCCUAGUCUCUCUGUUUGCAAAGAUGUGCUUCAAAAUGAUGUAUCAGGACAACACUGUGCACCUAGCGAGUUAAGUAUCUUGCAGCAGCUGGAAGAAGUAGUGGUGAUGCCCAACUACAACCGACUAUUCCCAGCUGGUCCUCGAAAGAUUUUGAACAUUUUCAGGGGUAGAGAUUGUGAUGGAGCUGCUAAACGACUAGCCUGCUGGAUCUCAAUCCAAAAAUGUGACAAGGAUGGGGACAACCGUCUACGAGUAUGUCAUUCAGCUUGCCAAUCGUAUAACGUGGCAUGUGGAGCAUCACUUGAUUGCUCGGACCAAACACUAUUUAGUAAUGAACACGAGGGUCAAGGUCUUUGCACAGGUUGGGGCGAAUUGGACGCUUGGUUUUAGAAGAGCCAAACUAUAGAAAAUGAAUUUGGUGUACAUUGUAGGUAGUUUUAGGUCUUCUUUUUUCGUUUUCAUUGGCCUACUUGUAAUGUGUUGUAAGCUUUUUUUUCUCUCUUUGGGGUAGGAGGAAAAUGUGUGCGCGAAGCGCUCAUAAAUUUAGCGUUUUUUUUUCUCUCAUCCCAAAUGUUCAUUUGCUAAAAGAUUUGGGAUGGGAAAUUAACUUGAGAUUUUGGCUUUCAAAGAUGAAAGUCUUGAUGUAGAGGAAAUGUAAUCAAAGAAAAAAAAAGGAUAAGAGUAAAAUGAAUUGGCCUAAGGCCUUGAAGCCAUUAAUUGUG